GUGUUUGUCUGUCCUGCAGGCUUCCGGCUGAACGCGUCCUCCUGGCCCAUGUUCUUGCUGAAGACGCUGAACGGGGCGGAGAUGGCUCCGGGGCGGAUAUUCCACAAGCAGGAGCCGCCUGCCCCCGAGCAGAACUAUUUUAAAGUGGGCAUGAAGCUGGAGGCCGUGGACCGCAAGAACCCGCACUUCAUCUGCCCGGCCACCGUUGGGGCUCUGCGGGGCGUGGAGGUGCUGGUCACCUUCGAUGGCUGGAGGGGAGCCUUUGACUACUACUGCCGCUAUGACUCCCGAGACAUCUUCCCAGUGGGCUGGUGCUCCCUCACUGGAGACAACCUGCAGCCCCCCGGCACCAAGGAUGGUGUUCUGGCGUUUCUGACGAACUCAAGGGUCUCCAGUCCGGGUCCUGAAGAGUCUCAGUCCACUGUGCUGCCCAAGAGUCUCAGCGCCGCGCCCGAGGGCAGCCUGGAAGGAGGGGGCAUGCACCCCGCGGAAGGGAAGGCGGCGGUGGGGGUGCGGAGUCGCCGGCCAGGCCGGAGGAAAACCAGGCUGCCUGCGGCCUGGGGGCAGAGAGGGGUGGAGAGCCAGAGCCCAGCAGGCACCCCUAAAUCCCUGGAUCCCAUCAAGAUCCCCAAGAAGAGGGGGCCCAAGCCCGGCAGCAGGGUGGGAAGGCCGGUGGGAUGGGUGAAGAGAGCCGCCUGGCUGGAGGGCACCAUGACGGGACGGCCGCUCAUCCGGCCCCGGGGGAGGCUGCCCGCGAACUGGGGCCAGAGGGGGGUCACAGCGGGCGUACAGCACAACCCCGCGGGCAGCCUGAAGGCGCUGGAGCCCAUCAAGAUCCCCAAGAAGAGAGGGCCCAAGCCCGGCAGUAAGAGGAAACCUCGGUUGAUUCCCAACCCGGUGCCCACUUCCCCCACCAGCAGCACCCCUGAACCGGACACCAGCACCGUGCCUCAGGACAACGCCACCAUCCCCACCGCUGCCUUGCAGGCCCCCACUGUCUGCGUGUACCUGAACAAGUACGGGAAGGUGGGCCCUCACCUGGACCAGAGGAGGGUGCGCCAGCUGCCGGACCACUUCGGGCCGGGCCGGGCCUCCUCGGUGCUGCAGCAGUGCGUUCAGGCCUGCAUUGACUGCGCCCACAACCAGAGCUCGGUCUUCUCCUGCCUCAAGCCUGGCCACGGGGGUGAGGUAAUCUCAGCCUUCUUUGAACAGGAGCAGCACACGCUGACCCUGCCUGCGGUGAAUAGUGUGACAUAUGUACUGCGCUUCCUGGAGAAGCUGUGUCACAACCUGCACAGUGACAACCUGUUCGGCAACCAGCCCUUCACGAUGAGCCCACUGCACUACGACAGCCCCGUCUACCUGGCCGACAGGAGGAGUUUUGUGGAGGGCCGGGGGGGCAAGCGGUACCCCCAGGAGUCACCCCCCUAUAGCAUCUCUCUCUCAGCAAAAUUGGUCAAGAACCACCAUCACCCCUCUGAAGCAGAUCCUUUCUUCCUGGAGAAUGGAGUCAGUGGAGGUGUGGACGGUCUGGACCCCUCGCUGACGCCCGGGACCCCCACCAGCCCGCUCCGGGGCUCCCGAGAGGGACGCCCACCCCCUCUGCGGUCUCUCUCCCAGAGGACCAGUCCUGGCUGCAAACCACAUCGCCUCAACUCUGGCGGCUCAGAGCGUUUCCUGGGCUCUCGAGACAGCCCACGCUCCAACGGCCAGGAUCCCAGCUUGUGGACAGUAGAGGACGUCAUGCAGUUCGUACGGGACACCGACCCUCUGCUGGGCCCACACGCUGACCUCUUCCGAAAACACGAGAUAGACGGCAAAGCUCUGAUGCUGCUACGCAGUGACAUGAUGAUGAAGUACAUGGGGCUGAAGCUCGGCCCCGCCCUCAAGCUCACCUUCCACAUCGACAGGCUGAAACAGGGGCGGCCCUGAGGACGAGGCCCGCCCGGAUCCUCGCAGAGCGACGCACAGGAAACACGCCCCCCCCCGGGGCAUCGAGCCAGGGCUCUCCUGCACAUUGCACCAGUCUCCCAGCAUUUUCUGAGGCUGCUGCUGCCCACCGUCACCCCCUACCCCACUGCCUCAGUGCUCUUUUGUAGCAGACACAAGUCCACCAGGAUCUUGGGUACUCGAGACUAUGCGCAGCGCCUUUUCUUUUUUGCAGUCGUGUGUCUCUUUUUGUUAGAAAUCCGGCCCAAGGAGUCUUUUUAUAAGCAAGUAACAGCCCACUGGACAGUUUUGGCCAUUCGGGGCCCUCUUUUUUAAUAUUUUUUUUUGGCUGAGAUAAAAGGAGUUAUUUUCCUUCGGGGGCCUUCUGUCUGUAAGACUGUUAUUCUUAAUAAAAUAAACAGGAAAACACUAGCUCUUUCCAACAUGUUUGGGGAUUGGUUACAAAUGAACGUCUCUUUUAGAGACUUUUUUUAAUACGUCGGACUUUUUACAGUCUUGAGCCAUACGGGAAUAAAGCGAGACCAGGUAUACCACUGUG